GAUAUAAAAUCCAGAAGUGCACCUGUCUGUAUCAAAUCCGCGUCGGCCAACUCCGAUCAACUUGGGAGGUGCACUUGUUCGCACAUCGAAAAAUUACAAAUAAAUACAACGCGAAACAGCCGAAUUCCAGAAAUUUAUUACCGAAACGGAAAAGAAAUAAUAAUUAAUAAAGCGAAUACCGUAAAUAAAAGGAGCAGGGAAAAACGAGUUGUCACCUCAGCUAUAUAUAAAACCGACUCCCGCCUCUUCUGCUUCUCUCGCCAGACGGAACACGAAAACCAUCAUCAUCGCCACCGCUACCGCCGCCAUCACCACCACAAACUAGUCAAUGGAUUCCCCUCGCCGUUCCUCCGCCAUUGUAGUAGGCGCCGGCAUCUCCGGUAUUUCCGCGGCGAAGGUUUUAGCCGAAAAUGGGAUUGAGGACUUGGUGAUUUUGGAAGCUACGGAUCGUAUCGGCGGAAGGAUCCGGAAAGAAAAUUUCGACGGCGUUUGCGUCGAGCUUGGAGCCGGCUGGAUUGCCGGCGUUGGCGGCAAAGAGGCUAACCCUGUUUGGGAGCUGGCUGCUAAUUUGGGGCUCCGCACUUGCUUUUCGGAUUACAGCAAUGCCCGUUAUAAUAUUUAUGAUCGAAGCGGGAAGAUAUUUCCCAGCGGUUUGGCCGCUGAUUCUUACAAGAAAGCCGUGGAAUCGGCUAUGGAGAAGCUGAGGAAACUACAAGCCAAUCAAGCUGGCGAAUUAAUCGAACCAACUUGGUGCACACCAAAGACGCCUAUUGAGCUCGCCAUUGACUUCAUCCUCCAUGAUUUUGAGAUGGCAGAGGUAGAACCGAUAUCAACAUUUGUCGAUUUUGGAGAGAGAGAAUUCCUAGUUGCAGACGAAAGAGGGUAUGACUAUUUGCUGUACAAAAUGGCCGAGGAGUUUCUUUUAACAUCAGAGGGUAAAAUCUUGGACACUCGCCUCAAACUCAACGAGGUUGUCAGGGAAAUACAGCACUCGAGAAACGGCGUUAUUGUUAAAACAGAGGAUGGUCGCAUCUACGAAGCCAAUUAUGUGAUUGUGUCAGCUAGUAUUGGUGUUCUCCAAAGCAAUCUCAUCUCGUUUUCGCCUCCCUUGCCCAGGUGGAAAACAGAGGCUAUAGAGAAGUGUGCUGUAAUGGUAUACACCAAGAUUUUCCUCAAGUUUCCUUACAAGUUCUGGCCAUGCGGCCCCGAGAAAGAAUUUUUUAUCUAUGCUCACGAGCGGAGGGGAUACUACACAUUUUGGCAGCAUAUGGAGAAUGCAUACCCAGGUUCCAAUACCCUGGUUGUAACCCUGACAAACGGCGAGUCCAAACGUGUGGAGGCGCAAUCAGAUGAAGAGACGAUGAAAGAAGCCAUGGGAGUACUCAGGGACAUGUUUGGGACCGACAUUCCAGAUGCCACAGAUAUACUAGUCCCUCGAUGGUAUACCAACAGAUUCCAACGUGGCUGCUAUAGUGAUUACCCUAUGAUUUCCAACAACCAUGAAGUCCAGAAGAUUAAGGCCCCGGUAGGACGAGUCUUCUUCACAGGUGAACAUACUAGUGAAAGGUUUAGUGGUUAUGUUCAUGGUGCAUACCUUGCAGGUAUUGAAACGAGUCGGUCAGUACUAGAAGAUAUCCGAUUAGUCAAAGAAAGGGAAACAGAGAACCAAACAUUCUUGUUAGAGCCUUUUCUUGCUUCCUUAACUCUCUCACAGACGGAAGCAGUCUCAAAUAUGCACAAAUGUGACAUCCCGGCACAACUUUGUAUCAGCAGCAAUCUCGGCUUGUCGGAAGCGAUAUUAUGACUAUAUGGACAGACCAAAACCUUGCAAGUUGAUAAUGAUGAUGAGACGGAAAACAGAAUGACCGAUCAAAUAGGUGGCCGGAAAGCUGCUUCAUCAGAUGCACAUGCAGCUGAGGCACUGCAAACUAUCACGAGUCAGAUGGAGAAGCCACCAGUGUUGGGAUGCUUCCAAAACUCUUCACAAACUUGAUGCCUGCCAGAUAACAAAGUGAGCGGUCGCUUAUAAUGCUUGCUUGGGAUGUAUUUGCCUCUGCUAAAUUGUCAAUCCGACGAAGUUGGUUAUUGAUCUUGGGGCUUUGGGAAGCUGUUUUGAGGAUGUACUUCGACAUUUUGUUAUAAAAAUGCUAAAACGUUGAUAUAGCGCCCCUCAGAGGUAUUGCACAGCGAUCAUAUUUGUUCUCCGUUACUUGUUCAUUAUAAACAGAACCUGAUAUGUCUAAUAUUGAAGCGAUUUCUUAUUAGUCUGUAUCUAUGACAUCAAUGUUUUGUUUUGAGAGAUCAAACUGUGAGCAUUCUCCAAUGCGUAAGCCGAACAAGAUUAGGACUGUGAUUAGUAAUUCCAUUCAAGUAGGUCUAGUUUAGAAGUCUUGGCACAUUGAAAGUACAUGGAUAUUACCCGUGCAAGAUCCAAGCAUUUGUGAGAAAUGUUGUUAUCAAUUUAUUUGGUUGAGUUCUGUAUUCUUCAACUUAUAUCAGUUCAGUUGGUUAUCAUCUCAGGUACUUUUCAUACAGCGCUCUAGAGAUCGAAAGAGCAUCCCCUUGUGCCUUCACUGGAUAGAGAUUUGAACCCUGCUUGCCAUUUGUUUGAUAAUGCUAAUCCAUUUCGACCCUCCAAUCCAUCAGCAUGAACUGUUCCUUCUUCUCCAAGCUGUUUAUCAGCUGGCUAAAGAAGGUUGAAGCUCGGGGAAGAUAAUAGUCUUCCAGCAACCCGCUCCAUAAUAUUUUGGCUGCAUCAAGGGUUCAGGGAAAUGCAAGUUCAGUGUCAAAGCUUACAAAAUUUGAAUAUUGAUGUAGAAAAGGAGGGUUAGAUAGAGUUUCUUAGUUACCAUAAUCAUGAAGCUUGCUCUGAAGAGCUGCUGAGUGCUGAUGUAUCAUACCACAUUGUUACUUGUGUUCUCGCUUUCCACUAAAACAAAGAAAUAUAGCCAAAAUCACUCGUCACAAAAUUGUCUCAAGCAGAAAAUGAUCAUCAGAAGCAAGAAGCACAUCAUUGUCCUUGAUAAGCUCUAGGUCCACCAAGUCAUAUCUGUAACAUUGUAAUCUACGAGCAAGUACAGAAACAUAACUAGUGGUUCCAAGAUGCAUAGGACACGAGGCUCCAAAAUAAUGACCUUGUAAGUGAGACUGCCAUUUUACUCCGUCUCCCCCUUUAAGGAAUAGUUGCAAGGCUUUCGUUGUAUCACGAUUCGAGUACCACAAGCGUGCCUCUGGGAAAUCGGAACUCCUCUGUUGUUGGAAUAGUUGCAAGGCUCUCAUUUCAUCUCCAAGGAAGGUAUGUAGCUCGUCCUGUUUCGAUAUGCUCUGCCUGGGAUUCGCCCAUGGAUCCCAGUCUGGAAAUUUUACUAUGAAGUCUGUGUUAUGGUCCUGCAAAGACAUUUAUCAAGUCCGGGUAGGAUAAAGUAAUGUUAAAUAG